GCUAAUAUAUAAGCCUCCACUAGACAUUAAAGCCGCCUCAUCCAGUCACCACUGGAUAUACUUGUAUGUUUAUAAAUAAACUGCAAUCAACUCAUAUUUUCUUCAUCCACCAAGCACCUAGAUCAUCGCAAGAAAUACUAAAUAAUACAAACACCAUGAGUCCUACGUUUUACUUCGUUCUUGCCUUAACCGCAGUCUUAGCCACAAGCACAAAUGGCGCGGUUCUUGACAUCGACGGUGACUUUAUGUUCCGCGACAGUUACUAUGUUCUCCCCGUAAUCCGCGGCCAAGGCGGUGGCUUGUCUCUACGCGGCCGCGGUGGUAAGCCAUGUCCUUUUGAUAUCGUGCAGGAAUCAUCCGAGGUCGAUCAAGGUAUUCCCGUAAAAUUCUCAAACUGGAAGAUCAAAGUUGCUUUCGUUCCCGAAUCAAUGAACCUUAACAUCCAGACGGUCGUUAGAGCCACGAUCUGCAUCCAGUCAACAUAUUGGCAAGUCGGUGAGUUCGACGAGGAGAGGAAGAAGUACUUCGUGACGGCUGGUCCACAAGACUCAGGGAAGAGUUUCUUCCAGAUUCAGAAAUCUGGAGAUGAUGCUUACAAGUUUGUGGUCUGUCCUCCCGCUCUUGAGACUGGCUGUCCUAGAUGCAGAAAUGUAGGAAUAUUCGUGGAUGAAAUCGGCGUUAGGCGUUUGGCUUUGACCUCUGAGCCAUUCUUGGUUGUGUUCAAGAAAGCCAACGUUACCGAAAUUUCGUCCAAGACUAUGUGAGACUUGUGUGGGAGGACAAGACUCGAUCGAUGUUUGCUUUGACUUAUAAUAAAACCUCUAUGUGCAUUGUUUUCCUUUGAAGAUUACAUAUUGAAUAAAAUAUCUCUUAUCUG